AUGCACGGGAGAACUGGAGCGUGCAAGUUCCUAGCAGUGGAAAUCGCCAACUCUUUCAUCCUUCCGCGCGACCAUCCGAUAACAAAUCUCAUCAUUGAAAGCUACCACCAGAAGUUCCAUCAUCAAAACCACAAGUCAGUCAUCAACGAAGUUCAACAAAAGUACUGCAUCAGUUGUCUACGCAGAGUAUACGCCAAGGUCAGGUCCAACUACCAACGCUGCAAGCUGCGGGAAGCUCGUCCGCGUCAUCCAACUAUGGCUGACCUACCGAAGUGUCGACUAGCAGCUUUCUUGAAGCAGGCCCUGCAGGACGUUGACAGGCACAAGUUGGCUCAGGAGUUUGUUUCGGCGACCACCACCUGGUGUUUCAUUCCACCGGCAGCUCCCCAUAAUGGGGGGGGGAGCUGGGAACGACUCGUGCAGUCCGUCAAGCGCACCUUAGAUGAACUGCAGCUACCCAAUCGCCCGAAGGAGGAAGAACUGAGGAGUGCUCUAGUCGAGAUCGAAGGCAUUAUCAACGCACGGCCGCUUACCCAUGCACCCAUCGAAGACGAAGCUGCACCAGCGCUCACACCGAACCACUGGUUGUUGGGCAGUUCCGACGGUUUCAAACCAUGGAUCGAACUCGAAGUCAACUCCAUCGCUUUGAGUCGGGGUUGGCAUUUAUCACAGCAGAUCGCGAACCACUUCUGCAAAAGAUGGCUGCGGAAGUACCUGCCAGAGAUCACCAGGCGUUCCAAGUAG